CUCUUGCGGAGGAGCGGGUGUCCAAUGGAGUGGCAGCGCUUAAGUGCGGUGGUGUUUCCUUGCGGCCGUGAGCGCUGGAGCUCGGUCACGGCAGUGGGCCGGAGGUUUCCCACCCGGUUGUCAGCUCUGGAGACACUAUCAAUGGCAAGUCUCACGCUGCAGGGAAGAUGCUGUAAUCACCGUCCAUUGGUAGCUGUAUCUGACCAACAGGGUCAUGUUAUCUGAGGAUACCGACUGAAACACCUGGUGCUUGUUUUCAGACCUAAAGAAGGGGGAGGGGGAAUGUGUUCACCAAGAGGUUCAGUGAGCAAAGUUCGGCUGUGAUUCUUGAAGAUAAAACAUACAGUUGGCUCCAAAUGACAACUACUGAGCAGAUAACCACCUGCCUUUCUGAACCAGUACAUCAUAUAGUCUGCCGCCUUGGGUUGGAAAGGGUGGAUCAUGCAGAUCUGGACCACAUUGUGACUGUAUCUGGGCAAAUCUGCUGGGAGGCUAUUACAUCCAACCUACGCAUGUCAGACACAGAAGAGCAUGAUCUGGAUUAUGCAGAAAGUGUGAGGCUACUGGGACCUGUAUGUAAAACUGUCCAUUCAUAUCUACUCUCACUCAGCACAAAACAGUUCAAUGACCAGUAUGGUGUUUGGUUUAUAUGGACAAACAACACAGAGUUGUUUAUUGAAGUGUUUGAAGCCAUCAAGAGUUCGCAACACACAACCAUAGCUCUUGGGUUGAUGAAAUUAACAGCAUACCUGGAACGAGCUUUGGGCAAUGUAUUUCUCAUGAUUGGCAAAGAUUGUCCUUUUCUCCUGAGAGACCUGUUGGCCUCACGAGAGCUGGCUACAGUGUUUGGGCAAAAUGCGAUGAAUGUUCUGCGUGUGUUCCUGGGGUCACCUCAAAGCUUAAAUAUCCGCAACAUCUUGUGGCAUGGAUUUGCAGCUCCUGCAGAAAUCCCACCCAUGUACACCUCUAUGCUGCUAUUGCUUACAGCUGGUUUAGGGCAGAUACUGCCGAGGGAUUCCAUGCCGCUCCAUCGACCUUAUUUCAGAUUGACACAGCUAGAGGAACUUGCUGUAUUUCCUGAUAUUAAUGAGGAGGCUAUUGCUUUGGCAGAAGACUUUAUUGGCAAAUCUGAUUUUGUUGUGGAAAUCAUGCUGCCUUACUGGAGAGAGGCAAUUGCAGCUUACAGAAAUCAACGGUACGUGGACUGUGUAAUACUACUACUACCUCAGCUGGAAACCGGACUCCGGAAAUUUUUCACAAUAGUUAAUAACUGUCCCAAUAGGCUUCUAACUGCAGAGUCUACGACACUUUAUACCACUUUUGACGAGAUGCUGGCGAAAUACCUUGAGAAUGAUAAUACAAACCAGCUUCCAACAGCCCUAGGAGAUCCUAUAAUGGAAAUUCUCUGGGAUCUUUUAAACCAUCAGGAGGGUCCGCGGAUCCGAGACCACUUAAGUCAUGGUGAACUGGAUUUGAAGAUAUUUCCUAAAGAAAUGGCCAGUCAUGUGGUAGCACUGGCCAUUGUUUUACUACAUCGUUGCUGCAGAAAUGGAAAUGAAAUUGCUAUAGAAAGCGAGUGCUUGAGAGCGAUCGUCAGUUCUACGAAUUCUUACUGCUCUCGGUUCCAUCCCAUUGGAAGACUUAAACAGCAGCUUCGACACUGCGUUGGCAGCCUACAAAAAUGGGAUGAGAUUCCCAGACCUUCAAUAGGGCAAGUUUCGGAAGGAUUAAGGUCUGAGUACUUAAGUCCAAGAGUACAAGCUAUUUCUGGCUGCCUCAUGGAGGAACUUGUUUCCUACUUAAUGAAACAGCUACAGCCAGUCUACAAUGAAGAACUGAAUACGUCGCAACAUUUGUUAGCUGAGGAGCAACUUCGCCUGGUAACCAAACUGCUGUCCUGCUCCAUUCGCACAUUGUAUUGUCCUCGGACUGUUUUGGAAGUGGUGACCCUGCUGAGGAAGGUGGUCUUACAGUGCCUGACUGUUUUCGAGCAGGUCACAAAUGGUGCUGUGACCCGCCAGCAACAGUGGUUGAGCAAAUCUCUGCGCUCGCGCCAGAGGCAGAAUUACCUUCGGAUGUUGGGCAGCAUUCAGUAUUUGCACUCCACCUUCAGCCUAAUCACUCUCCUAGUAACUGUGGAACUGCUGAACACAUGGAUAAUAAGUGAAAUCGAUUCUUCUGAAUGCCAUAAUUACUUGAAAUUCUUGAAGUCCUUGUUGCAAUAUGCAGAAAAUAUGGUGACCUACACAAGCCCAGAGAAAAAUAAAUGGGAUGAAACCUGGGACCUGACUGAAAAGAUGCUACUGAAAGUUAAAGAGUUUUACAACAGAUGGAAACAAUAAGCUAUGCAACAUGAUAGCUACAUCUGUGGAUGUAGGUUUACUUGUGUGAGCCUGGAGCAAGGAUUGAGAUAUUUUGUUGUGGAGGCCAGUGCAGUCAUGCUCAAACCUCUCCACCAGUACAUACUAAGCAUUGAUCAGGAACAGGAUCCCUAGAACAUAAUCCCCUUCCUUACUGGUCCUGACAUAAGAGGAGCUAAUUGAGCAAGGAUUAUGUACAGAUCAGAUCUAGAUGUUCUGGUCAACUUGCCUUUGUUGGUACAUCAGGUGGUGCCUUACAGAAUAAACCAUUGAAAGGGUCACAAAAAUUCAUUCUCAAUAGUUGCUGCUUUUACCACCCCUCCCCCCUCCCCCCCCCAAAAGAUAUACCUCCUUUCACCAGGUAGAGUUCCUCAGAUGGUCCAGUGUUCCAGAUUACUUGCAGUCAUUACUGGUGACUUGUAAUAAAGGGGUCAUCAUAUCACACAUGCCUCUCCCACCCGGGAUCAACAGAUAUGGAUUUCUGGGACAUUGAAUCCUUUGUAGAAUCUAUCCCGGUAACCUGAUUACAUGUGGAGUGAUUGCUGGGACUGUCUGAUUGAUAUGGCUUGGAUACUCACUGCAUAAACUUGGAGUUUGUGGAAACUUUAGAACUUAACUGCACCUUAAACCAAUGGUUAAUUUUGGAAAAAAAAAGUGAGUAAAAAUAACAUUACGUUGAAUUAAAAUUUUUUAUAAAUUGGUUAAGAUCUAUAAUUCUGUUUUGUUGGACAUUGAC